AUGGAAUCUAGUAGAAAACACUGUAAAGCUUAAAAGACUUGUCCUAAGAAUCACUCUAAACAUCACUGCAAAUUAUGUGAUGAUGAUGAUGAUGCUAACCAUUUAGCUAGAGAUUGUCCAAAAGGAAUCACAUUAUUCCACGGCACAAAAAUAUCUAAAGUUAAUUCAAUUCUAAAAAAUGGUCUUAAACCAUCGGCUAAAGGGAGAAUUGGUUCAGGAAUAUACUUUGCUGAAGCAUAAAUCGCUGAAUAAGUCUCAAGACAUAGAGGAUAAGGGACUGGUGUGGCAAUAUUUUAAUGUAGGGUUAAUAUAUAGUAUUGCACAAAAAGUACUCAUCCUCCAUGGUAGGGCGUGACAAGUUCAUCAUUUGAAGAAUGGCUUCUUACAGAUACAAAUAAGUACAGAAUAAUGGGAGUUGCUCUAAUAGAUGGUGCGAUCGAAGACAAUAUUUAUUUUCCACGAGGUGAAAUUUUUGUUAGUGGUAAUUGUUAGCUGAAAGGAUAAGUUAAAGCCGGACGGAUAUCUUCUAACAAAUCUCUUAAUUGA